AUGGACCUUGCCGAUUCAAGAUUUACAAAGAAGCGUGAAAGUCGGACACGCGCCCCGACGGCCUGUCAGACAUGUCGUCUACGCAAGACCCGGUGCGACAAUACGAGGCCCACCUGUAGCUAUUGUGCUCUGCAGGGGGUGGAUUGCAUCUAUCCCGAGACGUCCCCACGCUCUAGCCAAUCUGGGUACGAUCCGUCCAAUCAGGAGAUACUGCAACAAUUGAAUCAUAUUUCCUCACUGCUGGAAGAUAUCAAGAGUGACAGUUUGUCAGCUGGUUCCUCGACUCGUUCCCUCCGAGGCUCCUUGCUCGAAUUGACUACCCAAAACCCCAGUCCGCUGACUGAUAUGGGGCUUCAGGGUAUCCAGAAUUCCCGCGGCAGUAGCUCCAAUGAUGAUUAUCGCGCUUGUGAGCACGAUCCUGACAUACUGUAUGCAGCCAGUUCGGCGGAGCUCAUGCUCCGUUGGCCGAUUUAUGAUAGGCUUAUCACAGAUGCGGAGAGGCACAUUCGAUCCUUUUUGCUCGAUCAUCUGGAUUCUCAUUCUCAAUCGGGUGUCCUGCCACCCCAGACGUUGGGUAUUGGCCCCCUUGUGGAUGGUAUACAGCCACUAUGUCGGAAAUACCUCCGGUUAGUGCAUCGGCGGAAUCCCGUAGUGGAUAUAGACAAGCUCGAGCGCUAUGCCCGCGAGGUGACCACACAGGGAUUAGGGUGGGACGGUCCAGCUUGUCUAGUGCUUCUCGUGUGCGCUUUAGCCUGUUCUACAUCUACAUUUAUACCUCUGGGGGACAUACCCGAAGAUCUAGACCGCAUUCCUGGACCGCCUCCUUCUGAUGCUGAUAUUGGCCGUGCAGAGGCCUACUUCCACGCUGCAAAGCAGCGGUUCGGAUCAUUGCAUGCAUCUCCCACGGAUAUUCAGUGCUUUCUUUUAGCUGGAUUUUACCACAGGCAUGUUAUGCGUCCGUUAGAAUCGUGGUUCUGCUUUCAGCAAGCAUCAUGCAGACUAGAAGUUCGACUGCGGUCAUUGUGUAGAGAGCGGUGGCGAGUAGAUGCCAAUUACCAUAACUUGGAGUCUAGGCUAUAUUGGUCUUGUAUUCAAGCUGAAUAUACUCAUACACUGAUUACCAUCCAAAGUGAAAUACAAUGCGAGUUACCUCUGUGGAGUAGUCGCCUUGAAAGAUUGGGAUUCUCAGAGUCAUUCCCAAGGUUCCCGACAUAUCCAUCUUCCCCGGGGCAGAAGGAAGGUGACAAUGAAGCCCAUAUCGAUCUGUUAGGGGAUCACAAUGACACCGAUGAGGAAAGAGGUUGGAGGUUCUACAUUGGAACUAUUUUUAAUCGUCGCACCGUCAAUGACAUGUUAGUAGAUAUGUGGCGGAAUGGGGAGGAUGGAUGGAUAAACAACGUCAGCGGCAUUGUCGAACGGACCUCCGAGGCUGUGAAGGUAGUCACAACCUGGCAUCAAAUGUGCCAAAAUAGCCUCCCGCCCCCAUCCAUAGCCAACCAAGACCUUGAAUUCUUCCUUCUAGGUCGCUACCAUAUCGCAUGUGAGAAGAUCUACCGGCCAGUCCUCUACCUCGCAAUCCACUUCCAAUCUCUCCCACGUUGGGUGCAAGCGACUCCUCAAAUCGCCGAAGCGGUGUUCAGUCAAGCCCAAAGAGCAAUUGACAACUGCGUUGUUCUCCUCCCAAACUGCUGGUAUCAUUUUCGCCACGAAUGGAUCCAUAAUGUCGUGCGCGCUGUGUUUGCUUGCUCCAUCCAGCUUCUUAGUUCUGUGCUGAGCAAUGUGGCUAUUUCGCGGAACCCGAAUCCUGGAGGUUGGGCUUUGAGACCACCUGGAAACUGGGAUGCACUUGUGCGGCUUGGCAUUCGGAUUUUGAAGUUCUGGGAACGUGAGUCUGUGGAUGUGGAGAUCAUGAGGUCGAUGUUAGAGAGGAUGUACCAAGGGACUUAUCGGUUGGCUGGGAUCAGGUAG